AUGUCUAAAGAGUAUGUUCCUGGCUCCUUAAUUAAAACUUUAUUAGGAGAGAAAGUUAAAAAAGUAGAUGAUAAACUUGAUGCGUUAUUCAAAAAUAGCGCAGGUCCAGCGAAACUACCUCGAAUCAGGUUGAAUGAAACAAUAAUUACUAAUAAUCCUGAUAAUAAUGUUAAUAAUGGAAAGGAAUGGAAGAAUAAAAGUGAAAUUAAUAUUUCUAAUGCAAAAAACAUUGAUAAAAUUAAGAAUAAAGAUGAUAAACAAAAUUUAUCAAAUGUAAAAACAAAGAAAAGGGAUAAAAAUAAAGAAGAACCUCUGUUGAAAGCCAAAGUUAAAUUUAAAUCAAAUAGAAAAAUUAUAAAUAGCAAAGGAAAAGAUAUUGAAAAAAUAUACGAUAGAUUAGGAAAAUUCAAAAAGCAUUUAAAUGAUCAAUCUAUUGAUAAUGAUUAUGAUAUUAUUAAUAAACAUAAACAUACCGCUGAAGCUAAUCAGAAUAAUAAUUCACGUAAAAGGCCAAAGACUUCUUCUCUUACCACUACUUCAAAAAAAUCAGCCAAGACACAAAAAAAUCAUGUUAAUGAGAACAACAUGGGUGAUGAUUAUGAUUAUGAAAUUAGCGAAGAUGAUAUGGAAAAUAUGGAUGAUAAUAGUGAUAAUGAGAUGAGUGUAGAAAACGGCAAUAAUGAGUAUGAUAAUGAAACUAGUAAAGAUGAUAUAGAAGAAGAGGAAUAUGAUGAUAAUGAUAGGAUUAGUGAAGAAGAAAAGGAUAUUGUAGAACCACUAUCAAAACCAAUUAAUAAAAAUGACCCAGAACAAUCAGAACGAACCAUCUUUAUUGGAAAUUUACCGGUUUCUGUUAUUCAAAAGGAAAAUUUUAAAAAAUUAAAAUCUCAAUUUUCUAUAUUUGGUAAAAUUGAAAGUAUUCGUUUUCGAUCAAUUGCAUUUUCUGAACCUCUUCCUCGUAAAAUUUCAUUCAUUACAAAAAAAUUACAUCCAAAACGUGAUAUACUCAAUGCAUAUAUUUUAUAUAAAGAGAAAUCUUCUGUUGAAGAUUCUUUAUUGAUGAAUGCCAAAAUUUUUAUGGACAAACAUAUUCGUGUAGACUCUGUAGCAAAUCCACAGGCACAGGAGGAAGAAUUAUGGCAACAUUUUAAAAAUUGUGGUGAUAUUGAUUAUGUUAGGAUUGUUAGAGAUGCUAAAACUAAUUUGGGUAAAGGUUUUGCUUAUAUACAAUUUAAGGUGAGAUUAUAA